AUGGCGUGCAGAAUGGACGACGAGCAAGGUUAUGAUGUGAAUCGUUUAGAAGGCGAAGUGAGAGAAGAUCUGCUCUGUUCUGAAGUUAUGGACGACGACGAGCAAGGUUAUGAUGUCAAUCGUUUCGUUGGCGAAGUGAGAGAAGAUCUGCUCUGUUCUGUUUGCCAAGAUGUGCCAAAGGACCCAAGAGUUUGCCAAAAUGAAGAUCAUAUAUUUUGCUUGGCUCACAUAUCGCGACAUCUGCAUCAAAAUUCUCACACAUGCCCAGUUUGCAGAGACCCCCUGACUCCAGAAACACUGAAACGUCCUACAAGAUUUUUGAAGAAUUAUUUAGAAGAUCUGAAAAUCAAGUGCGACCACCAUGAUCGUGGCUGUCCUGACGUUGUCCGGCUUGAAGAUCUUCAAAGACAUGUCGAUCAAUGUGGAUUCGCGCCCGUCAUGUGUGGAAAUGAAGGAUGUGUGACGGAGGUGAAUAGACGAGAUCAAGAAAACCAUGAAAAAAAUCUUUGCCAAUUUAGAAUCGCCAAAUGUCACGACUGCAAAGAUAUUAAAGCAAGUCAGAAUGGAAUGAAAGCAAGCCAAGAUGAAAUGAAAGCAAGCCAAGAUGAAAUGAAAGCAAGCCAAGAUGAAAUAAAAGCAAGUCAAAACGAAAUGAAAGCAAGCCAAGAUGAAAUAAAAGCAAGUCAAGACGAAAUUAAGGUAAGACCAGAUUUCAAUGGCAAUCCAUUGUAAUAGACCUUUCCGGUAAUUAAGUCCCAACUACACUGUUUUCAACGUAGGACCACCUUAAAUGGAAUAGAUACAUCCUUCGUCAACACAUGCAUAAAAAAGAUUUUGGAUUUUGAAAUAAGCUUGAAAAAUGUGGAAAUAAGCUUAAACACGAAAUGGCCCCUUUUGGCCCCUCGGCCUCGUUUUCGAGUUUAAGUUUAUUUUCACAUUUAUUGGUCAAAAUCAAAAAUUCUUUUUUAUGCAUGUGUUGCAGAAGGAUGUUCUGCUCCUCUGACCAUAGCCCAUGAGAAACAAAUGUAAAAUCCAUUCCAUUUAAGGUGGUCCUAAGUUGAAAACAGUGUUAGUCGUGACGUAAUUAGCGGAAAGGUCUAUUGUUUUGUAGAUAUCGUCUCGAACGAUCUGUGUCAGUGUAGAUAACGACAAUCUUGAGAAACGUGAGAAACAACAAUCUGAAAAUGUGAGAAACAACAAUCUGAAAAUUAUACAAACAGAUUUUUGAUGCAGUUGUAUCUCCCUCAAUGAACACCUAUCUUUGUAGAUAUCCACGUACUUUUACAAAGAAAUUUUGUAAAAUUCUUUUAAAAUUAUAUUUAAUUAAAUAGUCAAUAUAUAUUAGGCCUAACCGUAGCUUGUCACAAUGAAUAUACAGUGUGAUCUCUGAGAUCAUAUUAUAACACUAAUACUGUAAUUCAGGAAUUCCAAAGUGAAGUGAAAAUUGAGAUGGAAGAAAUAGAAAGGAAACAAGAUGAAAUGAAGGUAAGACGUGAUUGUUUAGUUGUUCUUUGCAAACUUGUAUGGCGAUUCUGAACCGAGUUUAUCACACGUGCAGGUCAUUCGCUCGUGUAGUCAUGCGCACUCAUGAUCAUGUUCAGCGUCACAUCUCAGAUAUCUUAAGACUUCUGUACUUUAAUUUAGGAAAAUGUUGACGAAAUGAAGCAAUCUCACAAUGAUAUAAAUGAUAAAGUAAAUCAAAUGAAGGUAAGACAAAAUUGUGUCGAGCUUCUUUAAGUUCAUGUAGCUACAUUUAUCUACUUGCCAAACCUUUCAUUCCCUAGCCUGUCUUCCAGUCCACUACACACAACGGUUGAGUAGACUGAACACAGGCUAUCAUUCCCAAGUUAAGUCAACAUCUUCAUCAAUGCACAUUUUUAUUGAUGAAUAUUUGCUUCAUAUCCGGGCUUACGGAUUGGAAAGAUUCGUCAAACAGAAUCUGCUGUUUUCCACAAAAUAGAACAAUUACAAGAUUAGUCUUUACUUACUGUAUUAACCACAGUUUAUAAUUCAAUCUGAUUAAAAAUACCCCUGAGUGGACCACGAGUGGCAAACUAACGUCUGCUGUAAAUAAAUGAGAAUAUUGAAAAUGAUCAGUCUUUGAUUAAAUGUAUAAUUAAAAUCUCAGCAAAGAUAUUUAUUAUAGCACUUUUUCGCAUUUUAUAAUAAUUCUGCUAUAUAUCCCGAAGCGGCUUUUUUGUCACUCGUACAUGUCAUUCGUAUUUGUGGUCAUCUCUCAGAUAUCUUUACACUUCUACUUUAAUUUAGGAAAAUGUUGACGCGAUGAAGCAAUCUCAAGAUGUUAUAAAUGUCAAAGUAAAUAAAAUGAAGGUAAAACAAGAUUAUGUUGGGUACUUUUAAGACAUAUUAUGCGAACAAUUCUGCAUGUUUCACUGGUAAAAACGCUACAUACGUCUACUUAAAAGCGUUGCAAACGUUCAAGCUGUAAGCCUUAUGCUUAAGAUUUUCAUCAUUGCACAUAUGAAUUUAUUGACGAAGAAUUGAGCUUACGGAUUGCAAGCUUGGUCAAAAAACGAUCAAUCUGAUGUUUUUCACAAAACAGAACAAUUAUGAUUUAUUUAUUUUUACUCACUGCGUGAACCAUAUUUUAUCAAAAUGUAUGCAGUGUCAUCUCUGAGAUUUCUGACCAUUAACACCGCAACCUAGAUAUGCAAGUUUUUAAUUUUACUAUUCAGGAUAAUGUUGACGAGAUGAAGCAAAUUCAAGCAGAAAUGAAAGCAGAUCAAGUGGCCUUUGAAGCUGGGGUAAGCAACCAAUUCGAAAGAAUGACAGAAAUGUUAAAUCAGCUGUUACAAGGAAGAAACAUAAACAACAAUGGUGCUCAAGCUUUAGAUCCACCAGUGCCAGUCAACAACCAAGACAUUAUUAUUCUUGGCGGUUGGUAUGCCCAAGGAGAUGAAAGUGUAUUGAAUACAGUUGAGAAAUUCAACAUGGUAGAAGGGAAGUCGACUCGAGUAGCAAAACUAAAUCACCCUCGGGCAAGAUCAGCAUCAUGUGUUUACAACGGUGACGUCAUCGUCACUGGCGGUUACGAUGGUCAAGGUGGUACAAACAGCAUUGAAAUUUUAAAGAUGAACCAGGAUCCUUUGCGAUGGAUUAUGUUUGAUGGUAAAUUACCGGACAAGUUAUUUGGUCAUGACGUUAUAGUUUAUCAAGGUAAACUAUACGUCAUGGGAGGAUAUAACUGGAAUGAAAACAAAACAAACGAAAACAUCUACGAGCUGUCUACUAUCCCGCCUUAUACUGCCAAGCCACUGGCUAGAAUGCCUCAGCCGAGACAAAACCACAGAGCAGAGAUUGUAAAUCGGAAACUAUUUAUCUUGGGAGGAAGGACAGCAAAUCAUAGUAAAGACGCCAUUGAUAGCGUUGUCGUGUAUGAUUUCAUCAAGAAUGAGUUCAAACCAUGUCCAUCGUUACCCAAGCCUGUCUCCGGAAUGUCCACAGUUACUUGGGGUAACAACGUCAUACUUAUUGGCGGUAAGGAUAAGAAUGACCAGGUCUUAAAUGAAGUCACCAUGUAUGACACUGAAUCAGGACAAAGCCAGAAGUUGCCUCCACUGAUGCACAAGAGGAAUGGUUCCUCAGCAGUAAUUAUGCAUGACGUCAUUGUUGUAUUGGGAGGAUAUAAUAAGAAGGGGUAUCUCAACUCAGUAGAAAGUUUCACAAUGGGAGAUGAUAAUUGGAGAGAACUACCAGAAAUGAAGGAAAAAAGACAUUUCGCAACUGCUGUAGUAAAACCUCGCAACUGAAAAGCUCUUCAUAUAAACUUCUUAUUCGUCUUUGCAUAAAUAUCAUAAAUGAUCCAAUAAACGCCCACUCUCUAUUAAACACCUUCUAUCUAAUAGACACAUCGGUCAACCCAGACUUUGUUAAACUAGACGAAUCUCUCUUUAAAAGCUCUCUUAUAUUGAUAAACGCCCCUCUCUCUACUGGAGACUCCCAAGAUUUUAAAUCAUUUAAUAAUUAAACAUUUAUCAGAUUGAACGUUUAUUAAAUUAUUAAUGUUGGGUAUAUAGGUGUAAUGGAAUGUAAGAGCUAUGAAAGUUGAAGAUUUUGACUUUCGUUCACUCUGCAAACUCUUGGAAAGUGUUAUUUAAGAAGCCUAGAUAUGCCGUAUGUAAGAAUAAACGCCCCUCUUUAAUACACGCCUUUAUCUCCCCCCCCCCCCUUCAAGGUACGAAAAUUUAAUCAACGCCCAGGGCGUUUAUUGGAUCAUUUACGGUACUUUAUGCCAUGAGGGUUGAUAAUCAGAUUUAUAAUUGCAUGUCCUGUAGAUGCUAAAUAUGCACACAAAAGAAAAUAAAUAACAUUGACUGAAACCUGAUCAUAAAACACCGGCCCUGAGUUCUAACCCUUCAAUGAUGGUUACGGUUCAGGGUUGUUUAAUGCUCAGGCUUCAGUCAAUGUUAUUUAUUUCUCUUUCAUUUGCAUAUUUAGUAUCUACACGACAUGAAAAUUAAUUAUAACCAUCAUCAAUGACCUGCACUUGGGUUAACUCUCUGAUCUCAAAUCACUGAAUAGUGCAUCCUCUAUGCAGAAAUGAAGGCAAUGUCGGGCAUAUUGAUGUGAGCAACACAAAUCUACUGUGGUGUUGAUGACAUAGUGUAAGAGGUUCUUACAGUUUCUAGUUAUCGCUGAGAAAGGAUAAACAUUGUCUGAAUAGAAAUUUAUCAACAGUGGCCUCUCUUCCCCUUAAAUUUGCUCGUGAAUAACUGAUGUCACACCAAGAUGGCUGCCACAACUCUCAUUAUCUAGUGUUUAAAACGUUCUAAAACUCAUUAGAAGAAAUAUGGCAAGCUAUAUUUUUAAGUGACAUAGGAAAAGACAUUUGCUUCAUAAUGUAGCUAAUUUAAACACGUCGUGAUCCGAUUUGCAGAGAUUUUGACAGACUUUAAGAUCUCAUCUGAUUAUAAAUAUUCUGACUUCAAAAUUGGUUUAUUGAAUACAAAAGGAAACUCUAUCCAGUGUUUUUAGAUCAGUGGGUUAACUUUACUGUGAAGCGUAUUGUGUUUCCACUUUAUAUAUAACUUGUAUAAUUUCUAUGUAAAUAUUGUAUGUAUAAAUUACUUUUCCUAUAACUAGUAUUUGUUUAAACAAAGAUUUUCAUCAAUUUAAUCAUGUAAAAGUUUUAGAUAUAACCUAUAUAAUCUCUGUGUAAAUAUUGAACAUGUAGUUUUGUUAAAAGAAACCUUAGCAUGCUAAUAUAUCGUUUGUUGAACAAAAACAUUUUAAUCUGAACAUUGACAUUAGUAAGAAGUAGAACAUUGAAUUAAUUUCAAAUAAGUAUAUAUAAAUGGAUAGUCAUAAUAAAAAAAAAUUUUGUGAGUUUUGUGGUGUCACACCUCCUGAAUAUCAGAGCAUAUUAUUCUGUCUUGUUUUUAUUCGUUUGUUAGUUUUUACUGAGUUUUUUCAGUUUGUUCUUUUGACUGGAAAACGACAUUUAACAGUAGAAUUAGUUGUUCUACCAUUGGCCUCUGGCAAUACACAUUAAUUCCGUUGCGAAGCCAGAGAACGUUUCCAAGACAACAAACCUAAUUUCUCUCUUCCCUUUCAGCGACUGCUUUUUAACAAAGUUACUGGACACCCUAGGCACGCGUUUCAGGAGAUCUACGAUUACUCGGUGAAUUUUUAUCCAAUUUCUAUCAAAUUUUCGCCCAAUGUAGUCAAGAUAGAUGUAGAAUAAUGUAACGUUAUAAAAUAUUCGAGAAAAUAAUUCUCCCGAAUAUUGCUACAAGUUAAGUCUGUGGUACCCGUUCGCGUCUCGAUCUACGUUAAACGCCAAGUUUCGCUAAAAACCUGUCAAACUAUCAUUUUUACCCUUCUCGAGGAUUGUUCUGAAAAAAGUGUGUUCGCAUUUUAUUGUUGCGUUAUAGGGGUUACUUAUAGCCAAGGCAUACAAUCUUUUCUGACUUGCGUUAAAUUGCAACCAAUGCACAACAACAGGCUUGUAACUUUGCAACUAAAGGCCCGUAAAGCUCGCGCGAACACACUUUCGCAGCCAAGACACAUCUACAAUCUGGUAAAACUGGUAAGACUGUCAAGUUGGUUUGUGCAUGUGUUUAUGGGGUAUUUUCCACCGCGACAUUUGUUCCAUGGUAAUUUGUUCCGGGGUACUUUUCAUUGGUGUUUUUAGGGUAUUUUCCCCGGGAAUGUUUCCCCCGAUGUCUGUUUUUCUUUCACUGACUUCGUGUCAAGUGUUUGUUCAAAUCACUGAAAAUCAUUCGCAGUUAAAAUUGUUCCAGCAUGAAACUCACUUCCAUUGAAGUUAAGACAAAUACAGGACACUAAUGUUGUUUUAGGAAAAACCCAACCAAAAUCCAAAUCCCAACCUCUUGUAAAACUACAACCCUAAUCCUCAAUAUAAUGCUAAUCCUGCUCACGUCAUAGCGGAAUACUCUUGUGACGUUGCCCCAUUUCUCGGUAUACUAUUACACAGAGACCAUUACAUAAAAAUAAAUAUCGCUUCCACGAAAUGACGUAAUAUAUCUGAGAACAAGAAAUGCCAUAUUUUGAACUUUUUAAGCUAUAUAUACAUAUUAAAAUGAUUAAAAUGUAACUUCUAUAUUCAUAAUAGAAUUGUGUAGAAUUGUUAUUUCUGUUAAAUAGAUCAAUAAUAUAUUUUGAAAAUUCCUAGACAGGAAAUCAGAAAGCCACUUAAGAUCAAAGCUUGAUCACCAGACCGCAACCAGACGCCAGAUGUUUUGUAAUAUAUUCAGAAAGAAAGGCAUCACAAACAUCAAGGCAUUAAUGUUUUACAGUGCGAACGACCUUCGGAGAAACAUUGUUGCUGUGAAAAUUUCUGGUAGGUUUGUUCAUAUUUCUGCAUUACAUUCACACUAGAGCUGACGAGAUCGCAACUGAGCGCAAAUUUGUCGAGUUUCAUCUAUUCACACGGGAAUUCGUGCGGUUAUCUGAGCUCGAAUUGUCCGCCUUCGUGGAACGCAAAGCAAGAAAGUUCAAACUUGAGCAUUGAACGUAGUCUCAGACCAUACUCAAGUUUUCAUGAUUUCUCAUGAGUGUUCUCCUAGGACGUAUCAAACCAGACCAACUAGAGCCCAGCUGACCGUACCAAUUCCCGUGUGAACACAUGAAAGCGAACUAUUAAAUGCGUGAUGUAUACGGUUCUGAAUUCAUCAGAUUUCGUACGAUCAGAGUCUCAAUGUACGAAAUUUCUAAUUGUAAGUCCUUCUCAAUGAGAUGCAAUAGCCCAUAGUGAGUUGCUUCGUGCGAGGACUAGUAGAAAUUAGGCUUUAUGGAAUAAAAUAUAAAUACUAGAAUAUUGUGAAAUAUUUGGUAUACAACAUAAGCACUGACAUGUUGCGCUUCGAGUAAACGCUCAUAUAAAGCUACAGUUCAUGUUUGGUGUUUGAAUAAAGGAAAAUAGAUGUUGCCUUAUUCGAUCUUCAGAAACACUAGAUCUAUAUUUUGAUAUUCGCAGUAAUAUAGACUUUUUAUAUUCAUAGCAAAUCUGCCAAAUCAUUGUUUGUUUUAAUACUAUGUCUUGAACUGAUGCGCAUGUGCAGUUAGGGAUGGGCUAGAGUACAACAUCACGUAUAUCAAGAACUAGAUUUUGCUAUCAUGUUAACUUAUAGAUAUUCGUAGUACAUAAAUUGUGUUUAUUUUUGACCUACAAUCAAUCGACUUGAUCCAACUUUUUAGUAUCACAUACAAACUUUCACAUUCUUCAACUGUAUAUAAUUAUGUAAGGCAUAAGCCCCUCUUUCAAUAAAAACUGACCAAGUUAACAUAACCUAACCUUUUGACUAUAUAGUCCCAAUAUAGUCAUACAUUUUAAGUAUGUAUACGAAUGUUCUCCUGAGCAGUUUUAGGUAGGUAUAUGAGCAUAUUUUUUUAGGUAGGUAUACGAAACACCGCGGAAAAACGUCUGCGCAUGCGUCAACCUUACCUGUGAACUUGAUGAGAAGCUGUUCCGAACGUUUCCGAAGGCUCAAAAUGGCGGUAAAAAGGAGUGACUUCAUUGUGCGUCUUUACAGCCAGAUUUCGAGCGCAAAAAUAAACAUGUCAUUCUAAAAACUAGAAAUAAAUACAGCCAGAAGGUUCAAGAAAUUGUAUUGUACAAGAACAUGAACUAAAGGUGAUUGUUGACAAAUUUAUCGUCUGAAACAUUUUGUUUAUCAACUAAGCAAUGACAAUUUCCAUACUUUAAAUGCAAGGACGCUUUCAAUUAAUGUCUAGUCUACCCAUUUGCUAUAUUUUCUCGUUUGUUUUACUAAUUUUUGACCAAUUAAUAAGCAUGUUUUUGUUUUAGAAAUUGAUAUUCAAAUUCCCCGCCAUAUUUUCAUAAUUUGGUGCAUGCGCAGACGUUUUUCCGCGGUGUUGGUAUACGAGUGUGCUCAUGAGCAUAUAUACUGAGCAUGCUCAUGAGCAUACUGGUUUUAAGUAUGUAUAGUCACAAAAUUUUCUAAGUGACUUUGUGACUAUAACUAGUUAUUUUUAUUCUAUGGUAGCUUGUAUCAGUAAUUUGUAUGUGGGCCCUGAAGAGAUAUAUGCGUACUCCACGUAUCCAUGCAAAGCCUAAGACAACCUCAUGUAUAUUGACAUUACAGUGAUAAAACUAUAAGUAUCCAGGUGCCUUUAUGCAAAUCCCCCAACCAACCCCUCAAACAGCUUUGUAUAUCAUAAUUAAAUAAGGUUAACAUUGAUUUGGCCAACUCUACAAAUAAAAUUUGGACAGAUAUACAGGGUGUAUCAAAAUAAACGCAAUUCAUCUUUUGUGCUUAAUAACUUUCGAAAUACUAUUUCUAGUUAAACGCUUUUAGGCUUACUUCAGAGUCUGUUCUUUUCUCUUUCAAACAAACUAUUAUCCUUGUCUCCAAUGCUGGUAAUAAUUGCACAGGAAAAGAUUUAGUAAAACCUAUCAUUUUUAGUUGCUGUUUAAUUAUGCAAGUUUACUAUGUUAUUGUUUAGUCGGUUUAAAUGUUAGAAUUUUCUUCUUUAAACUUUAAUGUUGUCGUAACAUAGGUGCAUUUUGUCUGCGCAUGCGCGAAAAUCGUUCCGUGCGAUUGCAAAUGGCGGACUUUAAAGGGUUUGUGAGUUUUGUCACGGUUUUUAUGAAAAAUAUGGACUGAAUUCUUGUUCGAUCUCUCAGAAUUCGUGUUAAUCCUACGCAGGUAAGGGUAUUAGUUUUAUUACAGUUUAAUUCUCUCCAAAAUUCAUGGUCUUUCGUUUAAAUUUUCGUCAUUUGCUCGACACGAUGAUGCCUUUUAUAGUCCCCAUUUCUAUAGUCAGUUGAGCUUAAUAUGUAAGUUACUCGCUUGUUUGGCGUGUUUUCUUGUUUUAAAUAGGUUUAUAAUCUUUCUAUGGUUGGAUAUUCUUGAAUAGUAUGAGUAGUUAUGAAAAUAAUGAAAAUCUACUGCCAUAAUUUUUGGAUCAAUAUGGCUGUUUGCAUUUGGUUGAAUAGAGAUCUUGUAGUAAACCCUAUACCGUUGCUUUAGGUUGAAAUUUUCCAAAAUAAUAUAUUUUCCUGCAAAACUUUUUUUCUACUUUCUGAUACUGGUUGUAUUAAGUGUUAAAAAUGUUGCAAAUCCCUGAUCCCUGUUAUAUGCAAAUAUAUUGAUGCAAUACAGGAUCUGGGAGAAGAACCCAAAUUCCAAAAUAUAUAACAAACUUCUUUUUGUGUGUGGUGAUAAACAAAUCAGAAGUGAGUCAUACAAACUUUCCCAUAUUUUUUCCACAAAUUAGAUCAGGCGUUGUGAUGGAAAGGACGUCAAGUUUGAUAGCAAAAAAAUUUGGAAAAGGGUACUUUUAGCACAAUCAUGUCGUCAGCCCAUGCUCCAAACAUAUAUGGGACUAGCUACGUGACAGUAAGUUGUAAAAAUAUUUUUUAUUGUGUAUUGGUGAGUUUUCAGUGAUAAUUUUUUGUUGUAGAGCAAGGUGUUAUUCCAUUUUGUUAAAUUUACAAGAUUUAAUGUUCAGAUGAGGUAUUUAUCUGAACAAAAAUAUUGCUAUAAGAUUACCAUUUCUGGUCACAAAUGCUAAAUUAUGGGGUUUAAUUGACCUUCAAGGUUAAUAAAUAGAAAUUCUGAAAAAUCUGUACAUACAAACUUCACUAAAACAGUAUAUGUUCUUCCAAAUCAUCUGUCUCACAGCUUAAAAGUGUUUGAUCAUCUGGAAAAAUUUGGAAAAGUACUCAUUUUUAGCAUCAUAUAUGUAAAUUAGAUAUACAGCCAGAAUAUUCAUUCCCAACUUAUUGGGUAAAAGAAAGGAGCCACCAUUAUAGUGGGGAAUGUCGACCAAUUAGCCUUGUUAUGUUUGGCCAUACAAACCAUGCUGCUAUGAGACUGGCACGUUAAAUUGUUUCGAUUCUCAAAUCUGUCUGAGAUUAUAUUCGACUCUACCCAAUAAGUCGAGAAUGAAUAUUCUGGCUUUAUAUCUAAUUUACAUUAUAUGAUGCUAAAAAUGAGUACUUUUCCAAAUUUUUCCAGAUGAUCAAACACUUUUAAGCUGUGAGACAGAUGAUUUGGAAGAACAUAUACUGUUUUAGUGAAGUUUGUAUGUACAGAUUUUUCAGAAUUCCUAUUUAUUCACCUUGAAGGUCAAUUAAACCCCAUAAUUUAGUAUUUGUGACCAGAAAUGGUAAUCUUAUAACAAUAUUUUUGUUCAGAUAAAUACCUCAUCUGAACAUUAAAUCUUGUAAAUUUAACAAAAUGGAAUAACACCUUGCUCUACAACAAAAAAUUAUCACUGAAAACUCACCAAUACACAAUAAAAAAUAUUUUUACAACUUACUGUCACGUAGCUAGUCCCAUAUAUGUUUGGAGCAUGGGCUGACGACAUGAUUGUGCUAAAAGUACCCUUUUCCAAAUUUUUUUGCUAUCAAACUUGACGUCCUUUCCAUCAUAACGCCUGAUCUAAUUUGUGGAAAAAAUAUGGGAAAGUUUGUAUGACUCACUUCUGAUUUGUUUAUCACCACACACAAAAAGAAGUUUGUUAUAUAUUUUGGAAUUUGGGUUCUUCUCCCAGAUCCUGUAUUGCAUCAAUAUAUUUGCAUAUAACAGGGAUCAGGGAUUUGCAACAUUUUUAACACUUAAUACAACCAGUAUGAGAAAGUAGAAAAAAAAGUUUUGCAGGAAAAUAUAUUAUUUUGGAAAAUUUCAACCUAAAGCAACGGUAUAGGGUUUACUACAAGAUCUCUAUUCAACCAAAUGCAAACAGCCAUAUUGAUCCAAAAAUUAUGGCAGUAGAUUUUCAUUAUUUUCAUAAUUACUCAUACUAUUCAAGAAUAUCCAACCAUAGAAAGAUUAUAAACCUAUUUAAAACAAGAAAACACGCUAAACAAGCGAGUAACUUACAUAUUAAGCUCAACUGACUAUAGAAAUGGGGACUAUAAAGGCAAGCAUCGUGUCGAGCAAAUGACGAAAAUUUAAACGAAAGACCAUGAAUUUUGGAGAGAAUUAAACUGUAAUAAAACUAAUACUCUUAUCUGCGUAGGAUUAACACGAAUUCUGAGAGAUCGAACAAGAAUUCAGUCCAUAUUUGUCAUAAAAACCGUGACAAAACUCACAAACCCUUUAAAGUCCGCCAUUUGCAAUCGCACGGAACGAUUUCCGCACAUGCGCAGACAAAAUGCACCUAUGUUUGUUGUCGUCACUACAUCUGGAAAACCACGUAAGAACAAAUUUAAAGUAUUUUAAAAGAGACCAGGUUGUUUAAAAAUCCUAAACGAAUGCUAAAAAUCGUCAAAACGUUGUGGUGUCUGAGCCAGAGUGUCAUCGAAUUGCGAUGUAAUGUAAACAGAAAUUAUAGCAAGUUGAUGUCAGUCAGCUUAGAUGGUCCAAGCCAAAAUUAUAUCGCAUUUGAAGUUUCAAACUGAGUUAAAAAUAGUGGAAGAAAAGCCGUAAGUAUACUUAUUGUUACAAUCCAUUUAAUAAAAUGCAACAUUUUUUUGUUUUAAUGAAAAAAUCAGUUAUUUUCAUAAGAACGAUUUGUUAUUCCAUCUCAAUUUUUUUAAUCUCCAAUCGCAAUAACGUAAAGUAUUAUUACCCGCGAACCAAUGAGUCAAAUUUAAGAAACAACCCACUGUCAGAAAGCUGAAUGGCUACGCUUUAAAAUGAAUGUAAACUUUAACGUUUUCGUCUAUUAUUUGUUUAGCAAUUUACAUUUCUGUUGAGGAUUGCGCUUUUUUUUAUACACCCUGUAUAGUGAGGAUUAUGUUUGACAUGAUAUAUUAAUGUAACAGUGCAAUAUGUAGCAUGUUGCUGUUGGUUGGGCUGCAAACCCAAGAUGUGGACAUUAUUUUUAAAACAUAUUCUGUGAAAUUAUUCAGCAAUAUUAUUUUAUCACUACAGGGAAUAAACAUUUUAUCAAUCUGUUUCAAGUUGAAUUAUUGUUAUUUAUUUAAAAGAUUUGUGUUUUCUGAUUAGCUAACAGCCAACGGUGAAACUCUCAGUGAAACUCAGCCUUUGGCUUCUGUUGAUAAAACAAACUUUGGUAUCAAUAAUUCUUCAAUCCAUGCAAAACCAAAUUCAAAAAUUGUUCAAUAUUGCCGAAAUCUCAUCAUGGAACCACUGAAAUCUAGUAGCCUCAAAAUAAUUUAAUGGAAAGAUGUACUCCAUCUAUUCGAUAUAGAAUAUAUUAAUUAAAUAAAAUUUGAAAUAUUAAUAUACAACUCAAACACUCACAUCAAAUUUGCUAAACUGGCAAAUGCAAAGCGAGGGAAAUAUAUUAAACUAUAGUUUUGCUGUGUUUGACGACGAUUCAAGCAAGUUUUUGCAAACUUUUACCAUUUUCAAUAGGACAACAGUGUCAAAACAUCACAAAAUAAAAGUGUUAAAUUAUCUUACACAUGUAUUUAUCGCUUACCUUUCCUACAGAUUCUUUCGAAGGCAAUUGGGAUAAAUAACAAAUCCUCUUGCUGCUUUAUAGGAAUCCAAAUUCAUUUUCAUAAUGUCGUUAUCUUGACUAUCUUGUGCAUUGUCUUCGUGAAAUAUAAUAUCUGCAUUCAGUUCAUGUAGUUCAUUCACUCCAAACAUGCUUUAUUCACUUCCUGUUAAUACCAUCAUCAAUUUCCGGGAUGUCCAAAAUCUUCGUUUUUUCGCCUUCUUCUGGUUUUCGGUAUCGUCAAAGAUGCGAUGUCUUUUGUUGCCAUGCGCUCUUUCAUUCAUUAUUUAUACCCCUGGUUCAUCCUGAAUGGAAAUUGAAAAUUGUUCAUCGUUAAAUUUACCCAAUCAUUUUGGCGCUUCAGAUACUUUUAAUCAACCCUACUAGAUUCAAGACUGUAAAAAUGCUUUUUUAUAAAGUUGCGUCAAGUUUUUUAUGAAAAUGUCUAGCCAUUUAUCAAAAUCCUCAAUUUCGCAAGUUAGUUUGAAAUAAUAUUUGAAAUAUUAAAUGACCUAAGGCUAUGAAUAUUUGUGGAAUUAUAAAAUUUGUUUUUUCCUUACGACGACUGUUGAUAUUUUAAAAGUUGUAGCUAUAACACUAUUAUUCUCUAAAAGGAUUCUAAAGUACUGCAUAUUAUGUCAAGCAUUUUUUUAGCAUUUUAUAUAAACGGGCUUGGGCUAUUUCCCUUCCAUUUUUUUAUUCAUGUUUUAAGUGGCGGAAAAAUUACUCAAAAUUCGCCAUACUUCUUCUUCUCUUCAGCAAUUAUUAAGAUUUCUAUUUGCAACUAUCGAAUUUUUAAUUCGCAAAUACCACUGAAAGGCGAAUCGCAAUUUUCGAUCUGCUUAUGAGCUUAUUUAUAGAUGAUGUUUGUGAUCUCAUACUCUGAGUGUAUAUCCACAUCGGACAAGCUUGAAUAAUAUGCCUGGCCACGGUGGGAAUCGAACCUACGACCUUUGGAAUACUAGCCCAAUGCUCUGCCAACUGAGCCACGCGGUCAGAUCGGUUCAAGUAUGUGAUAUUUCGGAACAGAAUCUAGUUCCUUCGAUAUCAUCUAAUAAUCUAAUAAUCAGUAGUAAUAAUCACAGAAAAAUCAUUACUGAUUAUUAGAUUACAUUGAUAUCGAAGGAACUAGAUUCUGUUCCGAAAUAUCACAUACUCGAACCGUCCUGACCGCGUAGCUCAGUUGGCAGAGCAUUGGGCUAGUAUUCCAAAGGUCGUAGGUUCGAUUCCCACCGUGAUCAGGCAUAUUAUUCAAACUUGCCCGGUGUUACACUCAGAGUAACAUCACAAGCAUCAUAUUCACCUGAGUACACUACACCAACACAGAAAAAUUAUUUAUAUAUGUUUUACAAGCCAGGGGAAUUUAGGGAAAGAAAGUUGUCCCAAAAUGAACAAUUGUGCCUCAACAUCGAUUGAUCAACGAAUGAACAAUCACCUAACAUUUCUAUUUCUUUAUUUUUCAACAGAUAAAUUUUUGAAAAAAUCUUUUCAUAUCGACCACUGAUUUCCAUGGCAAGCACCUAAAAGUCAUUCUUUCCAGGAUUAAUCAGGUAACACUUUUUCUAUAGUUUAUUGUCUAUACAUAAUAUAUUACUACAGUGACUGUACUGUUUCACUGUGCUCAGUAAACCCCAAAAAUUUUACCUGCCUACCUACUUAAUGGAUAACUAAAUCAUUUAGGAAGAUCAAAAUUUUCUCAUUUUGUUGGCAAACGUAAUGUACUGGAAAGAAUUGAGUUUUAUUGCUAGUAAAUCGAUAAUUAUUAUAUUCGGUUUUGUUUGAAAAUGCCACAUACACUAGCGACUAUGACAAGUACUACAUCCAUAUCUAUAGUUCUGUAUCCUGCAACUCUUUUAUAAUCUUUCAGACGUCCAACAAUGGCGUGCCGAAUGGACGACGAACAAGGUUAUGACGUGAAUCGUUUAGAAGGUGAAGUGAGAGAAAAUCUGCUCUGUUCUGAAGUUAUGAACGACGACGAGCAAGGUUAUGAUGUCAAUCGUUUCCUAGGCGAAGUGAGAGAAGAUCUGCUCUGUUCUGUUUGCCAAGAUGUGCCAAAGGACCCAAGAGUUUGCCAGAAUGAAGACCAUAUAUUUUGUUUGGCUCAUAUAUCGCGACAUCUUCAUCAAAAUUCUCACACAUGCCCAGUUUGCAGAGACCCCUUGACUCCAGAAACCCUGAAACGUCCUACAAGAUUUUUGAAGAAUUAUUUAGAAGAUCUGAAAAUCAAGUGCGACCACCAUGAUCGUGGCUGUCCUGACGUUGUCCGGCUUGAAGAUCUUCAAAGACAUGUCGAUCAAUGUGGAUUCGCGCCCGUCAUGUGUGGAAAUGAAGGAUGUGGGACCGAGGUGAAUAGACGAGAUAAAGAAAACCAUGAAAAAAAUCUUUGCCAAUUUAGAAUCGCCAAAUGUCACGACUGCAAAGAUAUUAAAGCAAGUCAGAAUGGAAUGAAAGCAAGUCAAGAUGGAAUGAAAGCAAGCCAAGAUGAAAUGAAAGCAAGCCAAGAUGAAAUGAAAGCAAGUCAAAACGAAAUGAAAGCAAGCCAAGAUGAAAUAAAAGCAAGUCAAGACGAAAUUAAGGUAAGACCAGAUUUCAAUGGCAAUCCAUUGUAAUAGACCUUUCCGGUAAUUAAGUCCCAACUACACUGUUUUCAACGUAGGACCACCUUAAAUGGAAUAGAUACAUCCUUCGUCAACACAUGCAUAAAAAAGAUUUUGGAUUUUGAAAUAAGCUUGAAAAAUGUGGAAAUAAGCUUAAACACGAAAUGGCCCCUUUUGGCCCCUCGGCCUCGUUUUCGAGUUUAAGUUUAUUUCCACAUUUAUUGGUCAAAAUCCAAAAUUCUUUUUUAUGCAUGUGUUGAAGAAGGAUGUUCUGCUCCUCUGACCAUAGCCCGUGAGAAACAAACUUAAAAUCCAUUCCAUUUAAGGCGGUCCUAAGUUGAAAACAGUGUUAGUCGUGACGUAAUUACCGGAAAGGUAUAUUGUUUUGUAAGAGUCGUCUCGAGCGAUCUGUGUGAGUGUAGAUAACGACGACUACAACACGGCUCCAGAUUGAGUGACAAACAACUACCUGAAAAUCACAAACAGAUUUUUUAUGUAAUUGUAUCUCUCUCAAUGAACAGCUAUCUUUGUGGAUAUCGACAUACUUUUACAAAGAAAUUUUGCAAGAUAGCUAAUUAUAUAGUCAACAUAUAUUAACCAUAGUUUGUCAGAAUGAAUGCAGUGUGAUCUCUGAGAUCACAUUUUAACACUAAUACUGUAAUUCAGGAAUUCCAAAGUGAAGUGAAAAUUGAGAUGGAAGAAAUAGAAAGGAAACAAGAUGAAAUGAAGGUAAGACAUGAUUGUUUAUAGUUAUUCCUUGCAGUGUUUUAUAGCCUGUCAAUAUCAUUAACACCUUCGAGUUGAAUGAAAAGCUCCAUAUAGGUAUUGAGACCUAAAGCACACACUUUAAUUUAGGAAAAUGUUGGCGAGAUCAAGAAAUCUCAAGAUGUUAUAAAUGUUAGAGUAAAUCAAAUGAAGGUAAGACAACAUUGUGUUUUUAGGGUUAUAUAUGGAGCAAUCAAUAUAGUCUUUUAUAUUUAUCUACUUAGCAAAGCUACGAGUGGACCACGUAUGACCACAAGUGACAAGGAGACGUUUCGUGUAAAUAAAUAUGAAUUUAGAAAAUGAUGAGUUUUCAGUUACAUCCAAAUCUCAGUAAACAUGGCUUCCAUUUCAUGCCGAGAAUUAUAGCACUUUUUCGACUGUUACGACAAUUCUGCUAUUCUGAACCGGGUUUGUCACUCGUGCAAGUCAUUCACUCGUGCGGUAGUGAUCACUCAUGAUCAGAUAUCUUAACACUUCUGUACUUCAAUUAAGGAAAAUGUUGACGAAAUAAAGCAAUCUCAAAAUGAUAUAAAUGAUAAAGUAAAUCAAAUGAAGGUAAGACAAAAUUGUGCCGAGUUUCUUUAGGCUCAUGUAGCUACAUUUAUCUACUUGUCAAACCUUUCAUUCCCUAGCCUGUCUUCCAGUCCAAUACACACAACGGUUGAGAGGACUGGAACACAGACUAUCAUUCCCCAGCUAAGUCAACAUCUUCAUCAAUGCACUUUUUUAACGAUGACGACUCGCUUCAUAUCCUAGCUUACAGAUUGGACGCUUCGUCAAACAGAAUCUGCUGUUUUCCAAAAAAUAGGACAAUUAUAAGAUUAUUUUUUACUUACUGUAUUAACCACAGUUUAUCAUUUGUUCUGAUUCAAAAAUACACCUGAGUGAACCACGUUUGACCACGAGUAAUAAAGAAAUGUUUGCUGUAAUUUGAUUAUAAGUAUAAUUCAAACCUCAGCACUCAGCAAAGAUAUUAUUUUUAUUACAGUACUUUUUCGCCUUUUAUAAUAAUUCUGCUAUAUAUUCCGAAGCGGCUUUUUUGUCACUCCUGCAUGUCAUUCGUAUUUGUUGUCAUCUCUCAGAUAUCUUAACACUUCUACUUUCAUUUAGGAAAAUGGUGACGUGAUGAAGCAAUCUCAGGAAGUUAUAAAUGUCAAAGUAAAUAAAAUGAAGGUAAUACAAGAUUAUGUUGGGUGCUUUUAAGGCUUAUUAUGCGAACAAUUCUGCAUGUUUCACUGGUAAAAACGCUACAUACGUCUACUUCAAAACGUGGGAAAGCUUUCAAUCUAUAAGCCCUAAGAUUUUCAUCAUUGCACAUAUGAUUUUGAGCUUAUACGGAUUGCAAGCUUGGUAAAAAAACAAUCUAUCUGAUGUUUUUCACAAAACAGAACAAUUAUGAGUUAUGUAUUUUUACUCACUGCGUGAACCACAUUUUAUCAAAAUGUAUGCAGUGUCAUCUCCGUGAUAUCUGACCAUUAACACCGCAACCUAGAUAUACAAGUUUUUAAUUUUACUAUUCAGGAUAAUGUUGACGAGAUAAAGCAAACUCAAGCAGAAAUGAAAGCAGAUCAAAUGGCAUUUGAAGCCGAGGCAAGAAACCAAUUUGGAAGAAUGACAGAAAUGUUAAAUCAGCUGUUGGAAGGAAGAAAUAGAAACAACAAUGAUGCUCAAGCUUUGGAUCCACCAGUUCCAGUCAACAACCAAGACAUUAUAAUAAUUGGCGGUUGGUAUGCCCCAGAAAUGGAACGUGUAUUGAAUAGAGUUGAGAAAUUCAACAUAGUAGAAGGGAAGUCGACUCAGUUACCAAAACUCAAUCACCCUCGAGGAAAUUCAGCAUCAUGUCUUUACAACGGUGACGUCAUCAUCGCUGGCGGUUACGAUGGUCAAGCUAGUACAGACAGCAUUGAGAUUUUAAAGAUGAAGCAGGAUCCUUUGCGAUGGACGAUGUUUGAUGGUAAACUGCCGGUGAAGUUAUCUAGUCAUGAAGUUAUAAUUUAUCAAGGCAAACUAUACAUCAUAGGAGGAUUUAACGCAAGAGAAAAGAAAACAACCGAUAAAAUCUACGAGCUUUCUAUUAUCCCGCCUUAUACUGCCAAGCUGCUGGCUAGAAUGCCUCAGUCAAGAAGAAACCACAGAGCAGAGAUUGUAAAUGGAAAACUAUUUAUCUUGGGAGGAUCGACAACAAACCUUAGUAAAGGCGCCAUUGAUAGCGUUGUCGUGUAUGAUUUCAUCAAGAAUGAGCUCAAACCAUGUCCUUCGUUACUCAAGGCUGUCUGGGGAAUGUCCACAGUUACUUGGGGUAACAUGGUGAUACUUAUUGGCGGGCAGGAUAAGAAUGACCAGGUCUUAAAUGAAGUCACCAUGUAUGACAUUGAAUCAGGACAAAGUCAGAAGUUGCCUCCACUGAUACACAAGAGGUUCGGUUCCUCAGCAGUAAUUAUGCAUGACGUCAUUGUUGUAUUGGGAGGAUGGAAUAAGGAGGAAGGGCAUCUCAAUUCACUAGAAAGUUUCACAAUGGGAGGUGAUCAUUGGAGAGAACUGCCAGCAAUGAAGGAAAAAAGACAUUUGGCAACUGCUGUAGUAAAACCUCGCAACUGAAAAGCUCUCCAUAUAAACUUCUUAUUCGCCUUUGCAUGAAUACAGUGUAUCAUAAAUAAUCCAAUAAACGCCCACUUUCUAAUAAACGCUUUCUAUCUAAUAGACACCGCGGUCAACCCAGACUUUGUCAAAACAGAUGCGUCUCUCUUUAAAAAGCCUCUCAUGUGAUAAACGCCCUUCUCCCUACUGGAGAGUUCCCAAGAUUUAAAUAAUUUAAUUAAACAUUUAUUAGAUCGAACGCUUAUUAAAUUAUUAAUGUUGGGCAUAUAGGUGUAAUAGAAUAUAAGAGCUAUGACAGUUGAAGAUUUUGACUUUCGUUCACUCUGCAAACUCUUGGAAAGUGUUAUUUAAGAAACCUAGAUAUGCCGUAUGUAAGAAUAAACGCCCCUCUGUAAUAGACGCCUUUAUCUAAUAAACGCCCCCUUCAAGAUACGAAAAUUUAAUCAACGCCCAGGGCGUUCAUUGGAUCAUUUACGGUACUUUGUGCCAUGAGAGUUGAUCAUCAUAUUUAUAAUUUCAUGUCCUGUAGAUACUAAAUAUGCGCACAAAAGAAAAUAAAUAACAUUGACUGAAACCUGAUCAUAAAACACCGGCCCUGAGUUCUAACCCUUCAAUGAUGGUUACGGUUCGGGGUUGUUUAAUGCUCAGGCUUCAGUCAAUGUUAUUUAUUUCCCUUUCAUUUGCAUAUUUAGUAUCUACACGACAUGAAAUUAUAACCAUCAUCAAUGACCUGCACUUGGGUUAACUCGCUGAUCUCAAACCUAGCGCUGGAUAGUGCAUCCGCUAUGCAGAAAUGAAGACAAUGUCGGCCAUAUUGAUGUGAGCAACACAAAUCUACUGUGGUGUUGAUGACAUAGUGUAAGAGGUUCUUACAGUUUCUAGUUAUCGCUGAGAAAGGAUAAACAUUGUCUGAAUAGAAAUUUAUCAACAGUCGUCUCUCGUCCCCUUAAAUUUGCUCGUGAAUAACUGAUGUCACACCAAGAUGGCUGCUACAAGUCUCAUUAUCUAGUGUUUAAAACGUUCUAAAACUCAUUAGAAGAAAUAUGGAAAGCUAUAUUUUUUAAGUUACAUAGGAAAAGACAUUUGCUUCUUAAUGUACCUAAUUUAAACCCAUCGUGAUCCAGUUUGCAGAGAUUUUGACAGACUUUAAGAUCUCAUCUUAGUAUAAAUAUUCUGACUUCAAAAUUGGUUUAUUGAAUACAAAAGGAAACUCCAUCCAGUGUUUUCAGAUCAGUGGGUUAACUUUGCUGUGAAGCGUAUUGUGUUUCCACUUUAUAUAUAACUUGUAUAAUUUCUAUGUAAAUAUUGCAUGUAUAAAUUACUUUUCCUAUAACUAGUAUUUGUUUAAACAAUGAUUUUCAUCAAAUUGAUUAAUCAUGUAAAAGUUUUAUAUAUAACCUAUAUAAUCUCUGUUUAAAUAUUGAACAUGUAAUUUCGUUGAAAAAAAACUUAGCAUGCUAAUAUACCUUUUAUUGAACAAAAACAUUUUAAUCUGAACAUUGACAUUAGUAAGAAGUAGAACUAUUAAAAUGAUUUGAAAUAAGUGUAUAAAUGUACAGUCGUAAUAAAGAUUAAUUUUUUGUGAGUUUUGAUGGCGAUCGAUAUGAUUAUUUUGUAUUGUGGGUAUGAUUAUUUUGUAUAGUGUUGUAAUAUCAGAACAUAUUAUCGGUCUUGUUUCUGUUCGUUUGUUAGUUUUAAUUUUUUCAGAUUGCCAUUUUGACUGGAAAAUGACAUUUAACAGUAGAGUUAUCCGUUCUACCAUUUGAUCUCUGGCAAUAUACGCUACUGUAAUUCCGUUGCGAAGACAGAGAACUUUUGCAAGACAACAAACCUAAUAUCUCUCUUCCCUUUCAGCGACUAUUUUUUUAACAAAGUUAAGGUUACAGAACACCCUAGACACGCGUUUCGGGAGAUCUACCAUUAGUCGGGGAAUUUUUAUCCAAUUUCUAUCAAAUUUUCGCCAAAUGUAGUCAAGAUAAAUGAAGAUUAACACAGUGUUACAAAAUAUACGAAAAAAUAAUUUUCCCGAAUAUUGCUACAAUAAGUCUAAGUUUGCGGUACAUUUGCGCCGCGAUCUACGUUAAACGCCAGUUUCACUAAAAAAACCUGUCAACGCAUAAUUUGUACCCUUCCCGAGGACUGUUCUAAAAAACUGUGUUCGCUUUUUAUUGUAGCGUUAGGCGUAACUUAGCUAAGGCAUAUAGUCUUUUCCGACUUGUGUUAUAUUGCAACCAAAGCACAACAACAGGCUUAUAACUUUGCAACUAAAGGCCUGUAAAGAUCGCGCGAACACACUUUCGUAGCCAAGACAUACAUCUACAAUGUGUGAAAAUUUAAAAACAAUCGGUUAAAACGCACGCUUAACGUCGCAGUUUUAGUGCGCCGGUAUACGACUCCAAAUUGGUGCGUUUGAAAAUUGACUUUAAUGCUAAUUACUUUUCCCCGCCGAGCAUAUAGUCUUCGAAAACCGUUUUACUUGAUAAUUUGUUUAAUUUGAAAGAUCAGUUGAAACUUUUCCUUUCGACAGAUAUAUUCUAAGCUACAAGAAUAUGUAAUAUUUUUUUUGAAUUUUUGAAGAUCUAUGGUAUCAUGUAACCUUAAAGAUUUGUGGCUCGCUACAGUUUAUAGAAGUGUUGAAAAUGCGUAAACUAGAUCACCUUUUUGAAGAGAUGAUGAUGCUCUUUACAAAUCGUAAUUUGUAUAUUAUAUAUACAGCGACAAUCAAACAGUCGAAAAGUGCUCAGAAAAGUGACGUCACUACUGUUGCUAUGGCAACAAUGACGAUUCAAGAUGGCCGAUAUUUUGGCUUUGAACGCAUUUUACUUUAAAAAAAGGUCGGUUGCCCCCAUUUUUUAUUUCCGAAAACAUUUUCUUAUAGUACAAUACACUAUCUGACCAAUUUUAAAAAAAUUCUGUAAUGCCAAAAUUUUUAAAAAUUUAUAAACAUGGUAUUUCGAAAUAAUUUUUUUUUGCAUUACAGAAUUUUUUUAAAAUUGGUCAGAUAGUGCAUUGCACUAUAAGAAAAUGUUUUCUGAAAUAAAAAAUGGGAGUAACCGACCUUUUUUAAAGUAAAAUGCGUUCAAAGCCAAAAUGUCGGCCAUGUUGAAUCGUCAUUGUUGCCAUAGCAACAGUGGUGACAUCACUUUUCUGACCAAUUUUCGACUGUUUGAUUGUCGCUGUAUAUAUAAUAUACAAAUUUCGAUUUGUAAAGAGCAUCAUCUCUUCAAAAAGGUGAUCUAGUUUACGCAUUUUCAACAUUUCUAUAAACUGUAGCGAGCCACCUUAAACGCGAUAUUAUCUCAGCUGCAUUGGAGGAAUAAAGUGUACCAGUUUAUGGUAUAUAUAAACACGACUAUAUAAGACGUAGGUUUGUCAAUUUCUGAUGUAAUCCCAGGAAAACCCGAUGGAUGUUAGCACUGACAUGGCCGCAAUUUGCAUGGCUAAUGCAACCACGAAGAUCUUGUGUUCAUUGACGUAGUCAGAGGUCAAAAAAUAGUUCGUAUGUUGAUAUAUGGAAUUUCAAGAUAUGACCUGGAGUUUGUAACAAAUGCAAAAUUAUUUGUUUUGGUUUGUUUAUUUAUUAUUGCAAAGCUUUCGAUCAGUAAACCCGGAAUUUCAUCAAUGCUAUAAUAAUAUAUUAUUAGCACUGAUGAAGACCUCGACUCAGAAUUGAAAGCUUUGCAAUAAUAAAUGUACCUGGCGUGUUCCACAAGCCAAAACAAAUAUUAUAUUAUCGCCAUGACACAAUACAAAGAACUGAAAUGCAAAUUUUCAAAUGUACAAAGUUGACAGGCCAAGAUAUAUAUAGUACAAUACUUAAUGAAGUUUAACUUUGUUUAGUGACUUUGACAUGCAAAUAUAGUUACAAUAAAUCUUUAAAACUAUCUCUUAUUCGGAACUGUUGUUUCGAUAUGAAGCAAAGUCCAAGGCGAUACUCGGAACUACAAACCGAUACUGGGAAUUCUAAAGAGAUGCAAAUAUCUCAAGAUAUAUCAAUCCUCACAGCAUGAUGGUUCAAAUGGUAUUGUCAAACCAAAUCAGUUAUCUCCACAUGAGGGUAUGAGACAUGACGCUUUAAUAAAUCAUCAGUUAUUUUUAUGCAGUAUUACGACAACUAAGGUGUUGUCUCAAAUACAAAAUACAGUCGAAGCCGUUCACAUCAAUUUGUUGCUGAAUCUUCAAGGAUUACCUAUUUGUCAGCAUUCGUGAACUUUGGUAAGUCUAAUUUCAUCCUCAUCACCAAUCGCUGUAUAUAGCCUUAAUAGCUCAACAGGUAGAACAGUGGACUAGAUUCCUGAAGGUUCAGAGUUGAAAUCUCGUGCACUUAUAAAGGAUAAGAACUCAUCACCAAUCUCGGUAGACUUGAUAGCUCAACAGGUAGAGCAGUGGACUAGAUUCCUGAAGGUUCAGAGUUGAAAUCUCGUGCACUUAUAAAGGAUAAGAACUCAUCACCAAUCUCUGUAGACUUGAUAGCUCAACAGGUAGAGCAGUGGACUAGAUUCCUGAAAGUUGAGAGUUUAAAUCUCGUAUACUUAUAAAGGAUAAGAACUCAUCACCUGUCUCUGUAGACUUCAUAGCUCAAAAGGUAAAGCAGUUAACUGGAUUCCUGAAGGUUGAGAGUUUAAAUCUCGUCUACUUAUAAAGGAUAAGAACUCAUCACCAAUCUCUGUAGACUUGAUAGCUCAACAGGUAGAGCAGUGGACUGGAUUCCUGAAAGUUGAGAGUUUAAUUAUCGUGUACUGAUAAAGGAUAAGCACUCAUCACCAAUCUCUGUAGACUUGAUAGCUCAACAGGUAGAGCAGUGGACUAGAUUCCUGAAGGUUGAGAGUUUAAAUCUCGUCUACUUAUAAAGGAUAAGAACUCAUCACCAAUCUCUGUAGACUUGAUAGCUCAACAGGUAGAGCAUGCCGUGGACUAGAUUCCUGAAGGUUCAGAGUUUAAAUCUCGUCUACUUAUAAAAGAUAAGAACUCAUCGUGAAUCUCUGUAGACUUGAUAGCUCAACAGGUAUAGAGCAUGCAGUUGACUAGAUUCCUGAAGGUUAAGAGUUUAAAUCUCGUCUAUUUAUAAAGGAUAAGAACUCAUCACCAAUUUACAUAGAAGUAAUAGGCCAGAAGGUAAAUGAGCGCACAACUAUUGGAUUCUGUCACUGUUGAGAGUUUUAAUCUCUUGUUUGAAUUAGUUUUUGGAGUUAGAUUUUAUCAUUAAAGCCAACUGAAAUGCUUGGUAUAAAAAUGUGGAGAAUUUACGGAAUGUUUGUAAAAAUAGAACAUGUAUAUAGUUGGAUACUUUUUGUGCAAUUCUAUAUAUUACAACAUCCUAAUAUGUUUAUUCACAUUAUUUGCAGAUAUAUUUUUGAAGAAAAGUCUUUGAGCUCUGUGAUCACUAUAACAAAGUAAUCAGUUUUGUUGUUGGUGCUGACCAUGAUAAAGACUUAAAGGAAAUCAUUUGCUGGAUUUUAUCGUUAGGUAAAUAAUUUUACUUCCAUGUUACAUUACUGUCGAAAUUCACGAAUAUAAAAUUAUAUGCUUUGCACGCACGUCUGUUCACGACAAGUGGCGGAAGCUAGCCAUGGCAACUGGUCAUGCUAUGCUGAUCAACGUACAUUUAGACAGAGGACAAAAACAUGUCGCUUUGAAUAAGAAAAUUGCAUAGCAUGCCCACUACGAGUUUGGUAAAGAUAUUGUAUAUGAAUUGAUUAAUUUCACAAGUUACUUACGAAAUCAUGAAGAAUUCAUGAGCUUUGCAUCCAAUCAAAUCUCAAGAUUGAGUAACAUGUCCAACUUUGUAAACCCUAUAGAAAGCGAAUAUAUAUGGAUCUAUUUAUAAACAAGAUUGAAGUUUCAAAUUCACAUGGGAAUUUAUAGAAAUGGUACUAAUUACUUAUUAUGUGACAACAACAUUAAAUGCUUCGGUAUUUCGGAAUCUUUUAUUUGAAGUUAAGUCCUUUCUUCGAAAAAUGCUAAUUGAAGAGUGACUAGAAUCAAACAUAGACAUUGAAAUUUUCCAUGUUUAUCAUGUUGCAACCCCGCCCACUUUAAGAGCCCCCCUGUUACUAUUUCAGUUAUAUACCACUGAUUAUAAUUGACGUAACUGUUAGGCUACUGAGUAACUCCAAAACAUGUAGCCCAAAGAUUUGAUUUUUUAUUUAGAAUAUCUUUGUUUGAAAGAUAAAAGCAGAGCCCUGCAAAUAACUUUAAAACUAAAGAAAAAAAGUAAAAACUUUAGUAGCUUCAACUUCCCAUUUCGGUUGAGUGGCUUUCGAGAUAAGCUAAGUAGUGUUCCAUCCAAGCAAUAUAUUUAAUCUAACAAAAUUGUUUUCAACUUUUUUAGACGUUCAACGAUGGCGUAUAGAAUAGAGAGUGACGAGCAAGGCUAUGAUGACAGACGCUUUGAAGGUCGAGUCAGAGAAGAUUUAUUUUGCUCUAUUUGUCAAGGGGUGCUCAGAAAUCCACGAUCUUGCCAGAAUAAAGAACAUCCAUUUUGUCUUUCUUGUAUAUCUCAACAUCUUCGUAAUUCCCACACAUGUCCUGAAUGCAGAGAACACCUGACCCCAGAAACCCUCAAAGAUCCACCGAGAUUUUUAAAGAAUACCUUAUCAGAACUGAAAAUCAAGUGUGAUUACAAUGAGCGAGGAUGUCCGGGCUACGUCCAGCUUGGAAAUUUACAGCAUCAUGUUGAGCGAUGUGGCUUCGCGCCUGUUAUGUGCGGAAAUGAAGGAUGUGGGACGGUGGUCAAUAAAAGAGAUAAACAAAUCCAUCAGCAAGGACUCUGCCAGUUUAGAAUCACCAAGUGCCACGAGUGCAAAGAUAUUAAAGCAAGUCAAGAUGAAAUGAAAGCAAGUCACGAUCGAGUUAAGGUAAAGACAAGAUUUUUGCGCAGUUAGACUAUAGGCGAUUCUUAUAUGUCUACUUUUGCGCCCGCUAGGUUUUGGCCCUGUAGGUGGUUAGUACUUCAUCUUGCAUGUCCAUGCAGUUUUACUCAUUUUGGAUAGACAAGUUCGGUUGUAAUAAAUAUAAAGACUAUAGACGUAUCUAUUUAAUGUCAUGAUACAACGUAUCUAUUUAAUGUCAUGUCACAACAGUCACAGUUGAAAAGCAAGGCGUGCAAAAAUACGUUUGGUAGCUGAAAUAUACAUGUUAUGUAGAUCCCUGCACGAAUAUUUGUUCGCAAUAAUUCCCCAAAAUAUGCAAUGAAACAAUACAUAAUAAUAAUUCUUGUCGAAUCCCCCACGUAAUACUCUCAUCACAAUUCUGCUAUUCUGAACAGGUUGUAACCCGUGGGAAUUUGCGGACAGUGUCACCUCUGAGAUAUCUUAACACUUCUACUUUAUUUUAGCAAAAUGUUGACGAAAUGAAGCAAUCUCAAAAUGUUAUAAAUGAUAAAGUAAAUCAAAUGAAGGUAAGACUAAAUUGUGUCGAGCUUCUUUAGGCUGAUGUAGCUACAUUUAUCUACCUACCAAACCUUCCAUUCCCUAGCCUGUCUUCCAGUCCACUACACACAACGGUUGAGUAGACUGGAACACAGACUAUCAUUCCCAAGCUAAGCCCACAUCUUCAUCAAUGCACAUUUUUAUUGAUGAAUGCACAUCAAUGCACAUCGUGCCGGGCAUUCACUCGUGUGGUCCUGGUCACUCGUGAUCAUUAGCAGCGUCACAUCUCAGAUAUCUUAACACUUCUACUUUAAUUUAGGAAAAUAUUGACGAGAUCAAGCAUUCUCAAAAUGUUAUAAAUGUUAAAGUAAAUCAAAUGAAGGUAAGACAACAUUGUGUGGAGCUUUUUAAGCUCGUGUAUAUAGCUACAUUUAUCUACUUGCCAAACCUUUCGUUCUCUAGCCUGUCUUCCAGUCCACUACACACAACGGUGAGUCGACUGGAACACAGGCUAUCAUUCCCAAGUUAUUGGUCAACAUCUUCAUCAAGAAGACUCGCUUCAUAUCCGGGCUUACGGAUUGGUAGCUUCGUCAAACAGAAUGUCAGAAUCUGCUGUUUUCCACAAAGUAGAACAAUUACAAGAUUAGUUUUUACUUAUGUAUUAAUUUAACCACAGUUUAUCAUUUCAUCUGAUUCAAAAAUACACCUCAGCGGACCAUAUUCGAGCAUGAGUGACAAAGAAACGUUUGCUGCGAAUAAAAUGAAAAUCAUCAGUAUAAUUCAAACUUAGUCAGCAAAGAUAUUAGCUUAGCAUAUUAGUUAUAGCACUUUUUCGCCUUUUAUAAUAAUUCUGCUAUAUAUCGCGAAGCGGCUUUUUUGUCACUCGUGCAUGUCAUUCGUAUUUGUAGUCAUCUCGAGAUAUCCUAACACUUCUAUCAAAAAGUAUGCAGUGACAUCUCUGAAAUAUCUGACCAUUACCACCGGAACCUAGAUAUGCAAGUUUUUAAUUUUAUUAUUCAGGAUCAUGUUGACGAGAUGAAGCAAACUCAAGCAGAAAUGAAAGCAGAUCAAAUAGCGUUUAAAGCUGAGGUAAAAAACGAUUUUGAAAGAAUGACAGUAAUAUUGAAUCAGCUGUUUCAAGAAAGAAAUAUAAACAACAAUGGUGCUCAAGAUUUAGAUCCACCAGUUCCAGUCAACAACCAAGACAUUAUUAUCAUUGGCGGUUAUUAUGCCGCGGGAAAUGAAAGUGUAUUGAAUACAGUUGAGAAAUUCAACGCAGUAGAGUGGAAGUCGACUCAGUUACCCAAACUCAAUCACCCUCGAGCAGAAUCAGCAUCAUGUGUUUACAACGGUGACGUCAUCAUCACUGGCGGCUUCGAUGAUCAAGCUGGUACAGACAGCAUUGAGAUUUUAAAGAUAAACCAGAAUCCUUUGCGAUGGAAGUUGAUUGAUGGUAAACUGCCGGUCAAAUUAUCUGGUCAUGACGUUAUAGUUUAUCAAAGCAAAAUAUACGUCAUAGGAGGAUAUAACGGGAGUGAAAAGAAAACAACCGAUAACAUUUACGAGCUUUCUAUUAUCCCACCUUAUGCUGCCAAACUGCUGGCUAAAAUGCCUCAGCGAAGAAGAAACCACAAAGCAGAGAUGGUAAAUGGGAAACUAUUUAUCUUGGGAGGUUCGACAACAGGCUAUAGUAAAGACGCCAUUGAUAGCGUUGUCGUGUAUGAUUUCACCAAGAAUAAGUUCAAACCAUGUCCAUCGUUACCCAAGCCUGUCUGGGAAAUGUCCACAGUUACUUGGGGCAACAUGGUCAUACUUAUUGGCGGGCAGGAUAAGAAUGGCCAGGUCUUAAAUGAAGUCACCAUAUAUGAUACUGAAUCAGAACAAAGUCAUAAGUUGCCUCCACUGAUACACAAGAGGUAUGGUUCCUCAGCAGUAAUUAUGCAUGACGUCAUUGUUGUAUUGGGAGGAAGAAAUAAGGAGGAGGGGCAUCUCAACUCAGUAGAAAGUUUCACAAUGGGAGAUGAUCAUUGGAGAAAACUGCCAGGGAUGAAGGAAAAAAGACAUCGCGCAACUGCUGUGGUAAAACCUCGCAACUGAAAAACUCUCCAUAUAAGCUUCUUAUUCGCCUUUGCAUGAAUAUCAUAAAUGAUCCAAUAAACGCCCACUCUCUAAUAAACGCCUUCUAUCUAAUAGACUCACCGGUCAACCCAGACUUUGCUAAAAUAGACGCGUCUCUCUUUAAAAAGCCUCUUAUGUGAUAAACACCCCUCUCCCUAUUGGAGAAUUUCCAAGAUUUAAAUAAUUUAAUUAAACAUUUAUCAGAUUGAACGCUUAUUAAUUAAAUUAUUAAUGUUGGGCAUAUAGGUGUAAUGGAAUGUAAGGCAGGGCGCGAAGAUAACGGCUGGAGGAUCGCCGGUCAAGGUGACCGACCAAUUCAAUUUUAGCUCGGACAUACCGAAUUUCUGGCCGGUCAAAUUAUUCAGCUUAAAGCAUAGUAAAGUAUACCCCUAAAAAUGUGACUAUUUUCCCAGUAUAGCAUUACAAAAA